CAUGUACUUUUUAAAAGAUGCGUUUCUUAGAUAAUUUUGAUCCUAAAAAUUCAGCUCGUGAACGUAGAAAAGCAAACAGGAAAAAAUAUUUCACUUCUCGAAAAGUGAAGAGAAUUUAUGAUGACCACGGUCAUAUUGCUGAAACUGGCAAAGACUUGUGUGAUUGCCUCGAUGAGAAGUGUCCCGGAUGCCAUUUUCCAUGUGCAAACUGCAAUUCCAAUAAAUGUGGCCAUGAGUGCAGAAUUAACAGAAAAUGGAUGUAUGACAAAAUUGAAAUAGAAGGAAAUGAUUUUGUUGUAAAAAAUGAUUACAAAAACAAGUAACUGGAAAUAUAAUAUUAUAAUAAAACAUAUUUAAUCAUUAGCUACAAGUUUAAAGAAAUAUUCAACUUCUAGUUCACCAUCUUCAGGAAGAUCAGUACAAUGAACAGCAUUAUGUACUAUAGAUUUUCCAUAGAGAGCUCUGAUGGAUUCUGGGUAUAGUUGACGACACAAAUCCUAGUUUUUAAAAAAUAAAAUUUUCAUGAAUUUAAAUAGUGCUAAAAGUUUUGGUAAAAAUAAACCUCUUAAAUAAAUUAAA